UAAACCAUCCAGCACAGCUUCCGAGGAAUAAGGCGUUCUGAUCCGGGACACUUGGAGCCGAAACAGUAAGACCUAAAAUUACGAACUAGCAAACAAUAAGGAUGGAAAUGGACCGCCAAGAACAAGAAAGGGUGUCGGCGGGCUCCAACCCCACGAUUCUGACACCAUAAUCCGCGGAAAUCAGAUAGCUACAUCUGCUAUGAAACGACAUGUAUUCUGAAGGGACAGUUAUGAUAAGAGUUGCUGCAGGGUGCCGCAGAGCCUUGGUGCUCUAUAGUAGGUAGUUUAAUGAUUUUAUGGUAAUUAUGGUCUUUGGGGUGGGGAUGGAUUAAUGAACGGAUCUGAUAUGUUUGCGUUAAGUCAGUGACCACCAUUGGCAGGGUAAGCUACAUGUCAUAGUGAAAAAUCUACCUAUACCGCAUUCUGGCAAUUUCAGCUACAGGCAAUUGAAUUGCACAGGGUGGUUGAAUGUCUUCAAACAAAUUAAUUAAACAUUUAAACGAUCUGGGAAAAUGCAGCCAAUGUGAUCAUGGCGUUUUCCAUACAUUAAACUCGUGUUUCUAGCAGCAAUUCGUAAACGCUGGUCUUGCACCGAAACAUAUGCUCUAAAAAAGACUCUAAAUACGUGACGCAUCUAACGUUGGGAAUCCUUCCCAUCAGCUGAAACAGCCUACCUAUUUCGCUGCUCGGAGGAAGCGCUAUAAAGAAGGAACAUGACUCAUUUGCAAGCGGGCUUAUCCCCAGAAACGCUGGAGAAAGCCAAGGUGGAGUUGAAAGAAAACCCUGAUACUUUGCAUCAAGACAUACAGGAGGUGAGGGAUAUGAUUAUCACGCGCCCAGACAUUGGCUUUCUCAGGACAGACGAUGCUUUCAUCCUGAGAUUCCUCAGAGCGCGGAAAUUUAACCAUUUCGAGGCGUUCCGGUUGCUUGCUCAGUAUUUCGAAUACCGACAGCAAAACCUGGAUAUGUUCAAGAACUUGAAAGCGACUGACCCGGGUAUCAAGCAGGCUCUGAAAGACGGGUUCCCCGGGGUACUGUCCAACUUGGACCGAUAUGGCAGGAAAAUUCUGGUUCUGUUCGCCGCAAACUGGGAUCAGAGCAGGUACACAUUUGUGGAUAUAUUGCGGGCUAUUCUCUUGUCUUUGGAGACCAUGAUAGAGGACCCUGAGCUGCAGGUGAAUGGAUUUGUGUUGAUAAUUGACUGGAGCAACUUCACCUUUAAGCAAGCUUCAAAACUAACGCCAAGCAUGCUGCGGCUUGCCAUCGAAGGCCUUCAGGAUAGCUUCCCAGCCAGGUUUGGAGGAAUCCAUUUUGUCAACCAGCCGUGGUACAUCCAUGCCCUCUACACGGUCAUACGGCCCUUUCUGAAGGACAAGACAAGAAAACGGAUUUUCAUGCAUGGGAACAAUCUGAACAGCCUGCAUCAGCUAAUUCACCCGGAGAUCCUGCCCUCAGAGUUGGGAGGGAUGUUACCUCCCUACGACAUGGGCACCUGGGCUCGGACCCUGCUGGACCACGCCUACGACGAGGAGCCCGAGUACAGCCCGGAGUCCUACACUCUCUCCGUCAAGGACCUGGAGAAGGACCUGUCCCCCAAAACCAUGAAGAGGUCCCAGUCGGUGGUGGAGCCCGGGGUGCUCAAACGACCAGAAAAAGUGAAGAGCGAGGAAGAGAACCUGCAGCCGCUACUUUCACUGGACUAAACAAAACAUCGCCCCCUACCAGCGAGGAGGCAGAGUGCACCGUUCCCCUAAUUCAUGUACAGUACAAAAAAUAAAAAUAAGAAACAGGGUGGAUGAAAGGGAACAUGAGAAGAAAAUGUCAAAAGCAGCGGUUUACCUGAAUUUUGCCAAUGGGAACAGCUUCGAAGUGACGGAAUGUUCCACGUGUUAUUGCUAAGUGCCAAUACAAAACUGUAAAUACACCUCAGUACACUUUGGAUUCGGAAGCUAUUGCGACAGCAACAGACUGUGUACAGACUGAUGUGAAUAUUCCAUAUGUUUUUGUUGUGAAGUGUUCUGUGACGAUCCAUAGGUUGUUGGGGGAACGACACUCGGAAUGGCCGAAGAUGUGGUUUACGUGCUGUAGGAGUAUCCAAACAGACAGGAAGACAGGUGCAGCUCAGGGUCUGAAUUCUAGAGCAGGCAAAUGAAGAACUUGAUGACCUGGGGAAAAAAAAGAAUGAUCUGGAAUUCUGUUACUCAGACACGACAGUAGACCAUAAUCUGGACAUCAUUCACAUCGAUUCCCGAGCUGUGCUUCAUGGUGGUGAAUUUCUGCUGCACUCAGCUGUUUUUCUUUGGUCACAAUAAAAGAGAAAUUCAGGUUUUUUUGCAUCUUUAAAGCAAAUAGUCCUUUACACAGGGACGUGCAAGGAAAUUAUUGUAUGCUGGAGGAAUUAUAUUGCUAUUCUCUCUGAAGGAUAUUAAAUGGAAUGCUCAGUUUUCCUAGUCUACAUUGUAAAAAAAAGUGUCUUUCCUGUAAAUUAUUAAGGGAGUUUCCAACAGAAAGACACUUAACAGCAGUUCUAGGAGUGCUAACCUUAACUUUAUGCUAACUCAAUUCUAUGGAAGUAUUCUUGUUUGUUAAAUUAUGCAAUUCAGUCUAACGUCAAAAAAAUGUAUACUCUAGUACAUAAUUUAUUUGAAAGUCAAAAACUGAGUUUGCAAUUGUUUUCAGUGAAGGGCAUGUUAUUAUUAGCCUAGCAGGUGUUACAGUGACACGUUACCUGUCCCAGAGUAUUUAGAAUGAAGACCUGUCCAGUAUGAAUUGAUUCUGAAUGCACACAGACAUUUCAGUCCUUCUCUUCUUUGUGUGUUUCGUGCUGGCAUCAGACGAACAGAGGUAUUAAGCAGUGCGCCACCAAGUGUAUGGAAUGUUACUUGAAAAAUAAUUUAAAUAUAUAGAUAUAUAAAUAUUAUUUUUCUCAUGUACUAUUUUAUGAUGUUGAACUUGUACAUUGAUGUACACUCAUACAGUAUGUGAUGGACAUGUUUUGGGGUGGUCUAUACGGCGGGUUAAUUCAAUACCAUGGCGUCCUAUAAGAAAUGAGGGAGGUUUCAUUUCUCACAACCUUUUGCUUUUGCACGUUACUGAAGUCCCAGGCAAAGCUCAGGGUGGCAGACAUCUCUGUACCGACAAAGCAAUGCCUGUUAUGUCACAAACACUGACUCUGAUGUGUGCGUAGCUGUCUCAGUGCAGACCAGAUAGGCCCCUCCGCCCAUGAACGUAGAAAGCCGUGCAGAAAAUCUCAGACCAGCUCGCCGCAAGUUUGAGAGAAAACCGUGCCGACUUCCCCAUACCCUUGGGCAAAGGAAGCGCUAUUUUGUAGUGUCAGUAGUGCACAGCCUUUCUGUAUUAUUUAAAGACAGGGUUUACAGACAUGUCACAAUAGAGAAGCUGAUGUUAUGUACAGCUGAACCAGGGAAGUAUUAAAGAUGGUAAAAAAAGCUAGCAUGGAUGAGAUGAGAUGAAUCCAGAAACUCAACAGUAUUUGUGUAACCUUUUGUUCUGAAAUUGAAUGUUUUAGGGCAUUGAAGGCUUCAACGAUGAUUUGUUAUUCCAUUGUAUUUCCUCUCAGACCAUAAAACUUUGGAGUUUGUAAAAAAGAAAAAACAGCCAAAUAAUACUAGUUAAUAAGGCUCAAAAAAAGCAUAAAACAAAACAUUAAAAUAAUUUCAAAGCCUUUAAUAUGCUGUUCUGCUGUGUACAAUUUUCAUUUGGUCUACAGAGGGUUCCUUUCUUAACCAAAGCCCCACAAGCUAUUAGAAAUAAAAGAAUGUUUUGCUUUAAUAUUGGGCUAAAUGAAUGGUAUAACUACAAUCAAUUUUCUGAAUGUGUAUACAUGUUUUAGUUUAAACUUUAUAUGUCACAUACUGUAUAUAAAAAAGGAAAGACAGCAAAAACCAUAUUUAACAUCCCUGCUGAAAAAAACAGCUCAAGCUAGGUUUUGAAACAGCUGGUGACCGGUUGACCAGUUAGACCAGCUCCGUACUCAACAUGGUUGGACCAGCUCAAGCUAUGUUUUGAAACAGCUAAUAGCUGGUACUUCAAGCUGGUCGUAGCUGGAUUUUACAGCAGGGAUACCUUGCAUUAGGGCUGGAAGUGCUUGUGAAGGGACACAUUGUAAUGCGGAGGCUUUGCAGUAAGUACUCCUCUGUUUGGCUACUGCCUGUGAUUCUCAGUGAGAGUGUAGGUGGGUGUUAUGUGUGUAAAUGUCAUUACAGGGGACAUGUUGAAAUAAUUUACGUAACUGAAACAAGCAGACAAAAAGUAAACAACAAUAAAUAUCGACACCCUUGUUCGAAA